AUGACUGACCCGGGAACAGCCACGGCGGCCUGUGUCCAGGCACGUGGGGGGCCACCCGCUCCUCCCCGUCGCCGUCGCUCCUUUCGCCGUCUUCUCGGCCGCUUUCUGCGAGUUCUGGGCGUCCUCACCCGCUCCGGGAGCUACCCACCGGGGACCCAACCUGGCACGGGGCAGAACGAUCCUUGCCCGGGCAGCGACGGCAGGGACGGCUUUGGGGACUCCAACUGGCCAGCCAAGGAGGUCUCCUGGGAGGCCGGGGACGCGCGCCUUUCCCAGCUCCCUCCCAGAGACAAGGCGCGGCCCCCUGGCACGCAGGGCUUGAAGAAUCACGGUAACACCUGUUUCAUGAACGCCGUGGUGCAGUGCCUCAGCAACACUGACUUGUUGGCCGAGUUCUUGGCGCUGGGACAUUACCGGGCCCGGCCUGGCCAAGCGGAGGUCACGGAGCAGCUGGCGGGGCUGGUGCGGGCGCUCUGGACCGAGGACUACACCCCACAUCUCUCAGUGGAGUUCAAGAACACAGUUUCUAAGUAUGGCUCUCAGUUCCAAGGUAAUUCACAGCAUGAUGCCCUGGAAUUUCUCCUCUGGCUUUUGGAUCGUGUGCAUGAGGACUUGGACAGUUCAUUUCCUGGGCAGACAUCAGAAAAGCCCCAGCCUGAGCCCAGCAGAAAUUUGGUGCAAACUCUGUCAUCAGGUCAGCUUUCUCCAAGACAAAGUUUUGUUCAGAAUCAUUUUCAAGCCCAGUAUAGGUCUUCAUUGACCUGUCCUCACUGCCAAAAACAGAGCAAUACCUUUGAUCCUUUCCUUUGUGUGUCACUACCCAUUCCAUCAUGUCAGACCAGAUCCUUAAAUGUCACAUUAGUCUUCCAGUCCAAGAGUCAGAGGUUCUUGCGGAUUGGUUUGGCAGUGCCACUUUUCAGCACAGUGGCAACUCUGAGAAGGAUGGUAGCAGAAGAAGGCAAAAUCACAACUGAUGAGGUGGUUUUGGUAGAGUUGUCCCCCAAUGGAUUCCAACGUUCUUUCUUUGAUGAAGAGGACUUGAAUGCCAUUUCAGAGGGAGACAAUGUAUAUGCUUUUCAAGCUCCCUGGUCACCCAUCUGGGAAGUCCCUGCCACAUUUUCAGGUUGUCCCUCCAAUAUUCAAAUCAACAAGCACAAAGGCCAGAGCCUUCUACAGAUGGCUACCUUAUCAACUGAACCUUUGCCUUCUGGGAAUGGGAGCAAACUGCUAAUUCUGCUCUGUAACUUGGUAGGGUCAGGACACAAGGCUAAAAGAUUUGGUCCACCUUUACUAAUGAGAGAAGACAGAACCAUAUCCUGGGACCAGUUCCAACAACAGAUCUUCAAUAAAAUGCGAUAUCUGAUUAAACAGGAGGUUCCAGUGAAGCAGAGUUUGGGGUCAUUGUUUGCUGUUCGGGUUGUGGGAUUAUCCAACAUCUGCAGCUACUUGUCCCCACAGGACAACAGACCGCUCUUUCACUGGGCUGUUGAAAGGUCUUUGAAGCUGAGCAGGCCAGGUGGUCCCCCACAUAUCAAGCUGGCAAUAGAAUGGGAUAGAACCACCAAAGAGCGCUUGUUUGGAAAUAUUCAGGAGGAAGUGAUACAGGAUGCCCCAAGUGUUCAGCUCCAACAGCAGGCCCAUCAGCAUCCAAGCUGUACCUUAAAUGAGUGCUUUCAACUCUAUACUAAGGAGGAACAGCUGUCCCCUGAUGAUGCAUGGAAAUGUCCCCAUUGCAAGAUCCUCCAACAGGGGAUGGUGAAACUAAGUUUGUGGACCUUGCCUGACAUUCUCAUAAUUCACCUCAAACGAUUCUGUCAAAUUGGGGAGCGAAGAAACAAGCUGUCCACUCUGGUGAAGUUUCCUCUCUCUGGCCUCAACAUGGCUCCCCACGUAGCCAAAAGAAAUCUUGGCCAGGAGCAUUUGCUGAACUCUUGGCCCUCUUGGGAACAGGCAUCUUGCCUGCCUAAUAGCUGCCCACUUGAUUUCUUGUAUGACUUGUAUGCUGUCUGUAACCACCAUGGCAGUAUGCAAGGUGGGCAUUAUACAGCCUACUGCAGAAACUCAUUGGAUGGCCAGUGGUAUAGCUACGAUGACAGCACAGUAGAGCCCUGUUUUAGAAGAUGAGGUCAGCACCCGAGAGCCUACAUUCUAUUUUAUCAGAAAAGGAACAUCAUUCCUGACUGGUCAGCCAGCAGCUCAAUGAGAGGUUUCCAUGAGCCCUCCAUGUCUGAUCACUGGCUUAUGAGGCUCAGGAGUAACAACAGCAGCCAGAGGAAAAGCCUCACAUCUUGGAGUUCUGAAAACUUUGACUCCCUUUCUAAGAUGCCUGAUUCUCCAGUCUUCUUGGAAGCCCCUACCAAACAAGAAAAAGAAAAGCCUGAAUCAAAGCCCUUUGUGCGAGGCGUUCAAGGCAGAAGUGCCAGCAUGAAGGAGCCUGCCACUCCUAAAAGAAUCCAUCAGGGGACUUCUAAGACCAUGCCCCUUAGGUGGUCUUUGGGAGCCAAAGAGAGAACAAAGCAUCGCUCUGUUGAGUUGGUGGAAUAUUUAGAGUCUGGACGAAGACCCAAGUGUACUAAUCAGUCCAUCAUCCCAGCAAUGAUGACUGGUGCUACUAAGGAGGCAGAUGGAUCAUCACCAACACGAUCAAAUUCAAGAGCUCCCACAGAUGAUGAAGAGGAUGGCAGGAGGGCAGUUGGGAAGGCAACUAUGACAAGUCCUUCUAGUAAUCAUAAGAAACAGUGCCUGACUACUGGCAAUAUUGACACUCUAAAAAGAACCAAGAAGCCAAAAGAAAGCCUGAGUCAGGAGAUGAGGCUUCCCCCAAAACUUGAUGUUCCUUUGACUGUGGCAAAAUCUGCAGGGACUGAAGGGUUAGCUCAGGCAAAGGGCCGUGUAAACAAACCAAACUGUAAUGGGAACAACCAUAUGAGUAACAGUUUACUGUGUCCCAAGGAUUUUCUGAAUGUCAUAAAUUUCUCUGGAACAAAUAGAGAUACUAACCAAAGAAUCUCAGCCAAAUUUCGGACUAAAACACAGGAAAGAAGCCCUGAGUCAGAACAGCUCCAACAAAGAAAGUUUGCUCUUCUCAGGUCCAUUAUUUUGAAGAAAGAGCCCAAGGAGGGAGAUUCCAUCAGUUCAGAGAUUUCCAUUAGUUCUUCCCUCAUCUCCCCAUUGAAUAGCAAUACAGAUAAAGAACAGGGUAAUAACAUAUUACCUGGCAAACUUAGAGGAAGCCUGACAAAGGAUGAGGUGAACCUCUUAGAAAAAGAUGUCAGUCAAGCCCAUAGCUCCUUCAGGCUCCCCAGACAAGUCAACUGGUUCCGGAGAGCUAGUGUUUCCCAUCCAUCACGCAAGUAUACUCCUGAAGGACAGACUUCCAUUGGCACCUUUCAAAGAGUGAAAUACCACACUAUUGCUUUAGGCCAGAAAAAAAAAGUACCAGAAUCCAGCUUGUGA